AUGCAGUACAUUGAGAAUUGUGGCUUCCACUCUUGGCUUGAUGAUGAGUGGCCACAGCCAAUGAAGAACACAUUGCUGAAGCUGUGGGGAAUGUACCAUGACAUGCAUAAUGCACUUCUGGAUGAGAAGAUUGAGAAUGGCAAGAUUGUGAAAGAUUUGAAUGAAGAGAGGAUAAAGGUGGAGAAGAAGUAUUCCAGCCUGAUGGAUGAUGUUUCCAAGUUUAUGAAUGAUACUCAGAGGCAGGUUAUGCAGGCAAACUAUGACAAGAUAAUGAAUGGUAGUGAUGAGGAAAAGUUGAGGGAGAAUAAGACUAAACUUGAAAAUGAGCUGAUGAAAGCCCAUGAUGAAGUGGCUAAGCUGGAAGAGGGCAAGAUUGCUGAUGACAGAAAGAUGAAGCUGAUGGAGGAAGAAACUUUGUUGCUGAAGGAAGAGAAGAAGAAGCUAGAGUAUCAGCUAUUUGAUUUGUUUAAGUUGAGCAGUGCUAGGAAUGACAAGUUGGUCAAGAUCAAGCACAUAUGUGAGCAGUAA